AUGGCCCGGAAGGGUGGCCGCGGUAAUGGCUGCAGCUCCUUUCUCGUCCUCGUCGUACUCGUCGUACUCGUCGCUGCGGCGUCCGACAUCGCGGCGGCGCAGGGCGGCUCAGGCCGGGGACCGAGCUACCCGCAGAACUUCAACCCGUCCAUGGCGGUCAUCAUCGUCGUGCUCGUCACCGCCUUCUUCUUCCUCGGCUUCUUCUCGAUCUACAUCCGCCGCUGCGCGGGGGGUCCGCUCGGCGGGCCCGGCGAGCACCUCGGCGCCGGCGCCAGGCCGGGCGGGAUCAUGUUCCUCAACGCCUCGGCCGCCGCGCGGUCGAGGAGGAUGAGGGGGCUGGACCCGGCCACGCUGGAGGCGUUCCCGACGAUGGCUUACGCCGACGUCAAGGCGCACAAGGCCGGCAAGGGCGAGCUCGAGUGCGCCGUGUGCCUCAGCGAGUUCGAGGACGACGAUAUCCUCCGUCUCCUGACCAAGUGCUCUCACGCGUUCCACGCGGACUGCGUGGACGCCUGGCUCGCGUCGCACGUCACCUGCCCCGUCUGCCGCGCGAACCUUCUUGCCGACGCCGAGGUUCCGGCGACGGCCGGCAGUGCUGCUGCUGCGUCGACGACCCCGGAGCAGGAUCUCCUAGCUGCGACGGCGCCGUUGCCGCCGCAGGAAACUCCCACGGCGCCGCCGGAGCAGGUGAUGGUGGUGAUCGUCGAUGCCGAGGAGACGGAGGAGGAGAGGAUCAGGCGGGAGGAGGCGGCCGAGCUGGUGCGGAUCGGCAGCGUGAAGCGCGCGCUGCGGAGCAAGUCCGGCCGGACUCCCGCGCAGUUCCCGCGCUCGCACACCACGGGACACUCGCUCGCGCCGCCCGCGGAGAGCGCGGAUCGGUACACGCUGAGACUGCCCGAGCACGUCCUGCAGGAGGUCGUCGCGGCGGGGAAGCUGCGGCGCACGAGGAGCCUCACGGCGUUCCGAGAGGGCGGCCGCGCCGGCGGGAGGAGCGUCCGGCUCGGCCAGUCCGGCCGGUGGCCCAACAUGCCGUCGUUCUUGGCGCGCUCGUUAACGUUCUCGGCGUGGGGCUCCACGAGGCGUGGCGAGGCCGACGCGCCCGGUAAGGGCUCGACGAAGGUCGCCGGCGACGUCAAGGCCGCGGAACAGGAACAGGCGUGCGAAGGCGGGGCGUGCCCGCUGCCACUUGGCGGGCGUGUUUGACGUGGCUUUUUGACCUGAUAAAAAGUACACUGAAAUUAGGAACUUGCUUUGCCAGACAAAAAGAUUAGGAACAUGUCCUUGUCGCCGCCGUUAAUCCGCUUUUCGGCGGCCGAGUUUAGAGCAGGUUUUGUACAGAAACACUUUUCAGCUGUCCG